AUGGCAAGGAAAGAAAAUGUUGAGUCCCUAGACAUUCUUCUCCGAGACUUGUGUGAUGAGAAUGCCAUUUUUGGUGGCAAGCUUGUGGUUGUUGGUGGCGACUUCCAUCAGGUCCUGCCCGUCCUACCCUGCAAAACACAGAGAGAAGUUGUUGCUGCUAGCUUAGUGAGUUCUGUUCUUUGGCCUCGGUUCAUAAGGUUCAACCUCACUGAAAAUGUCCAGGCAAGAGAAGAUCCCUACUUUUCUGCGUUUUUUCUUUAUCUUGGAAAUGGUGAGCUGCAAACCGGCGAGAAUGACCUUGUGCAAUUGCCAAUGCAGAUAGUACACCCAUCUGAGGACACUUCUGAUCCUAUUGCCGAACUUACUGCAAUUGCAUUCCCCGAGAGAGAUGUUCGCAGAUCCGCCCCAGGAAAUUUCACAACAACGGCUAUACUGACCCCCCUGAAUAAAGAUGUUGACGAUAUCAAUGCUACCAUGAUAGACAAAUUCCCUGGAGAAUCUGUUAUGUACAAGAGUUUUGAUACAGUUCUCGAUGAUAAUAGCGCGAUCUAUCCUCCUGGAUUUAUAUACACCCUCUGCCCAGGCGGAAUGAGCCCACACAAGCUCGUCUUGAAGAAAAAUAGUGUACGUUCUUCUGCUUCGCAAUAUCCUACCUUCGUCUGGCCUGUGCAAUGGGACACGUAUGAUAUGCAAGAACUUCUACCCGAAUCUGAUUGA